AUGGCGUCCGCAACCACACCCAUAAACGUCCUGAUACUGGUAACGGGCAGUAUUGCCGCCGUAAAAGUGGGUCUUUUGCUGGACCAACUCUUUGGCGAGUCGUAUCAGGUUCGCAUUGCUGCUACCAAGUCCGCGUUUCACUUUUUGAAUCGAGCGCAAAAAGCUUCCCGAGGUCUUAAUCUGCAUCACAUUCUCACUGACGAGGAUGAGUGGAAGGAGUGGCAGGGAAUGAACGAUGCCGUUAUCCAUAUUGAACUGCGGAGGUGGGCACACCUUGUCGUCUUUGUACCGUUAGACGCUAACACACUUGCAAAGCUGGCACAUGGCUUAUGCGAUAACCUAGUCACGUGUGUGAUGCGGGCGUGGGAAGUAAAGCAGAAGCCGGUGAUUUUGUGUCCAGCAAUGAACACUGCUAUGUGGACACAUCCGGUGACCUCGAAGCAGUUGUACACUUUGCGGGACUGGUACUCUGCGACUCCUGUUGACUUGCACUUGGACAAUAACGGAACCGAUGACGAUGCCUUGGUACUUCCCAGCACAUUGGAUGAGGCAAUGUUUCAGAUCAUAAGGCCUGUUAAGAAGCGUUUAGCGUGCGGAGAUGUCGGGAUAGGCGGAAUGGCCAGCGUGGAGGAUAUUUCCAAAGCUAUAAGAAACACAGCAGGUCUUAUUCGCGCCAAAAUGAUUAAUGCCACGAGCAGUAAGCCUACAUGCGGAGAGGCAACCCAGGGAGAAAUGCCAGAGGCAUGUGAGCAACAUCAAAACUCUGGUGAAAAACAUCAUCCGGAGACUUUGUAA